UACUGAUGCACCUGACAGACUUGAAUGCCAAAUCUGAGCCAGAGGUUUUGGAUGCUGGAUGAGGUAUUUUUGGAACAGGUCACUUUUUAAAUAGAUUACUGGUCCAAACUUCACCAAACUUGCAUGGAUGGUUCGUCUUAUGAUACUGAUGCUUGAGGCAGGCUUGAAUGCUGAAUCUGAGCCAUAGGUUUAGGAUGAGUUUGUUGUUAAUUGAAAUAACAUGAUUCCUAUGAUGUAGCUUUGUAUGAUAUGAAACAUUACUGUUUAAUAUGAAUCGUGUUAUAUCAUUUAACAACAAACACAUCUAUCAAGCAGGUUUGAGUGAGGUAGGACAUUUUCUUAGCAUCCUUGAUAAUGGAGAUCAGGUUCUACACAAACUACCUUUGCCUUUAUUCAUUAUAUUAUAGUUAAAUCAACUAUGCAAGCUAUUAUCUAUAAAACAUGUGACCUGUUCCAAAAAACAAAACAUCAUCCAGCAUCCGAAACCUAUAGCUCAGAUGUCUUGCGAUCAAGAAUUAGAGAAAAAUUGUGGCAUUUAGCCAGAAAUUUAAAAUACAGUACAAAUUUUCAUAUUCCAUGAGUUUUGGUGUCCCACCGGGACACCGAGAAUGGGGUAGAAAAAACUGUACAUCUUUUUUCCUCCAGUACAUCUCACAUGUAUGGUUUGAUAUUCUUUUUUUUAAACAGUGUAACAUACAUGUAUCUUCAAAUUAGAAAUAACCACAAAUUCAAUUAGAACUAAAUUGGUGCGUGAAUUGUGUUUAAGGGUACUUAUUGGUAUAUAUUUAAGAAUGUCAUAUAUCUGAUACAUCUACGUUUAGAAAUGAAGAAAGUACUGUAUGCUGGGAAAUAUUUGCCCCCAUUUAUCCCACCCCUUUUGCCCUCGUUUUCAGCUGGCAAAUUCAUGACUGGGUGAAUUCUAAUGUCUCAAAUUAUCUUUCUUUUAAACCCAACUGAGUUCGGGCAAAUUCAAGAUGGGCAAAACUGUUUGCAGGGGUAGAAGGGCAAAACUAACCCUGUAUAUACCAGGUAGUUAUUUCCUGUGGUCAUGAAAAUAGUUCAAUGCUGUCUCUAUACGGUAAUUAAAUGUUUAUAUGGAAACAAGGCAGUGUCUGCAGUGGGCCAAUAUCAGUGGCAGCUAGUACACAUAGUAUCACUCAUAUAGUUUGAUAUAACCUUUGGCCUUUGUACCGGUACUAUUUGACCAUGCAUGCAGCAAAUGAAUGAAUACCAUCCAUCAAAAAUCAAAAAUGCCAAGAGCAGCUGGGGUAGUAAUAUACAUUGUAAUUUAAUUGUCUGUAUUGGUAACAGUCAGCAAGAAGUUCUUCCUUCACCUGUUUAAAGUGUCAUGUCCUCAGUCUGUAGAAUGUAGAAAACAAAACAUCCACCUAGGAUUACUAAGGAUUUGGGAUCUUAGCUGAUGAUUCUUGAAGCAAUGGGUAAGGACAGUGGCACCCCCUCCAGUCUCUGCAGGUUGACGGAGGAAUGACGGCCAAUCAGCUGUUGAUGCAGCUACAGACAGACCUCCUCGGAAUCAGUGUAGUUCGACCGUCCAUGCCAGAAACCACAGCGUUGGGGGCGGCCAUGGCUGCUGGGGCGGCAGAGGGGGUGGAGGUGUGGAGCCUGGACUCCAAGGACCUAAGCAAUAUCACCACAGAUACAUUCAACCCGUGUAUCAGAGAGAAAGAACGAGACGCAGGGUUUAGUCGCUGGAAGCUUGCUGUUCAGCGAUCGAUGCACUGGGAGACAGCAGAGGAUGUAGUAGAUUAGAAAUCCAGCCUUGCCCACUGAGCACGGUUCCAGGAGGCAUCUUUAUAAUCAGCAGCUUAGCAAUGUUUAUGCUCUCAGAUAUUAUACCACAUAGGUGAUAGUGUAUUUUUAUCUCUAUUAUUUAGUUUAUAGAAAGCUUAUACUUUUUCAUGUUUUUUUAAUGACUUGAUGUGAGUUUACAACUUUUUAAAACAUCAAUAACAUGUCUACCGUAUUACAUGUAUUUAUGGGAACACAUGAUUAUUUACAAAGCGGCAUAUCCUAUUAGUUUACAUUUGUUUUUUGAGAGAGAAUAAAAAGGGUGUGGAUUUUGUUGUCUCAUAUAUGUGCUUAAUACAUUGUAUUGAAAUAUUCACACCAUGGAGAAAAGAAAAGAAAGAUUCACAGGUAAAUUGUUUUGUGGAACAUGAUUCUAACUGGUGUAACAUUAUAUAAAUAGUGCCUGUUUGGGAUCAAAUCAUUGUUUUUCGAGGGGUGUCAAUUUCAACUGUUAUCCUCCCAAACAGGCACUAUUUAUUUUGUUAUACUGAAUGUCUUAUUUUUUAAGAAAAUUUUGCUGCUUUUAUAUAGGAAUAAAGUGAGUUCUACAGCGAACCGUACGCGCAUAAUUUUCGCGCAUGUAACAUUUUUUAAUGUUACCCGUUGCUAAGUGCGUUGCUAACGCUGAGGGUAAUAGAACGGAUUAUGAACUGCGUCUUAACCAAUCAGAUUUCAGUAUUUAACAUGAAAGUAUAACAAUUGAAAUUGACACACCGAGGAAACCAUUGGUUUUUGAGGGGUGUUAAUUUCAACUGUUAUCCUCCCAAACAGGCACUAUUUAUUUUAUUAUACUGAAUGGCUUAAUUUUAGAGAUUUUUUUACUGCUUUUAUAUAAGGAAUAAGGGAUCAUUCUUUGAGUAUUAUGAGGUGAUAGUUUUGGUCGGGGCGUGAUCAAAGCCAAUAAAGCCCGAAGGGCUUUAUGAUAGAUUUGAUCACGCCACGACCGAAAUUAUCACCUCAUAAUAUUUAAAGAAUGAUUCCUUAUUACUUAUAUUUAUAUAAUUUUAAGCCAUCGUACGAUUAAAUAUUAAAAAAUAUAAAUAAGCAAACCCCUCUGGCACCUCAGUUUGGCGUCUUUUGUAUUAUGAGUUAUAUAGUUCAAAAGCGAUACGUAGUGUUAUCACAGGCAAAGACACUGGAAAAUGUAAAUAUAUAGAAAUGAAGUGAAUUCCACGGCGAACCGUACGCGCAUAAUUUACGCGCAUGUAACAAUUCGUUGUGUUAACCGUUGCUAAGUGUGUUUCUAACGCUGAGGGUAAUAGAACGAAUUGUCAACUGCGUCUAAACCAAUCAGAUUUCAGUAUUUAACAUGAUAGUAUAAUAAUAGACAAUAGUGCUAUAUGUACUUGCAGGUGAAAUGCAAGGUAUUGAAACUUUCAAAUAACUGAAGGAAAAUAAUUAUAUUCAUCCAAACAAACAUCUGUGAAGAUGAUAUAGAAACUUUAAUAUGUAUUCAAUUUUAUUGGCAUUUGCAUAUAUAUUUUAAAUUGUCAUGAGAAUAAUCAGAAGAAUCAGAAAAUGGAUUAAUCAGUUGUGCAUAAAUCUUACAAAGUUUCCUUCCAAAAUAUCUUUUGGUCAUGCAAUAUUUACAAUGUAUAUGGAUCUUUCUAGUCAUUUUGGUGCGUUCUUCUGACGUGGAAAUGUGUUAGGAUUAUUUUUCUUAUACAGCUGUUUUUUUUAUUGGAAACGAUUAAUGAGAGUGAACUGUGUCGUCAUAAUUAAUAUUAAUAAAAUCUUCUGUGAUAUCUGAAUCUGAAGUGCAUAUAUUUAAUGAAAUUUUGUUCACAAUUUGAUUUAAGUAAAAGAUUUCACGAA